AUGUUGAAGAACUUCCAGCAUGCCUUCGCCAUCAAUUUUGCUAUCAAUGAGAUCAACAAUAAUCCGAAACUCUUGCCAAAUAUUACCAUUGGGUUCCACAUCUAUGAUAAUUUCUUAGAUGAAAAAAUGAACUAUGAUAUCAUCCUCACCCGGCCAUCAUCUCAAAAAGAAAGAUUUCCUAAUUUCAGGUGUGGAAGGCAAUAUAAAAUGUCAGCAGUUGUUGGUGGGCUAUCCUCUGAUGUUCAUAUGCAGAUAGCUGCUAUUUUAGGCCUCUAUAAGCUGCCACAGCUCAGUUAUAGCUCAGUUGACCCAGUGCUAAGGGAUAAAACUCGGUUCCCUUUUUUCUACCAAAUGGUCCCCGCUGAAGCUUCUCAGUAUGAAGGAAUAGUGCAUUUGAUCAGAUAUUUCAGAUGGACAUGGGUUGGACUCAUUGUUUCCUAUGACAAUAAUACACCUGAGGUCUUGGGAAGUUUGAAAUCACUAUUUAGUAGGAAUGGCAUUUGUGUUGCUUUCACAAAAAUAGCACCUGGUCUUUUCAUUAAGAGAGUGAAUGAAACUACAAACCAGAUGUUUUAUGAAAAUGAUACCCUGACAGCUCUUAGUAUGACUAAAGCCAAUGUAAUUAUUGCAUAUGGGAAAACUUCUCUUAUGCAACCUUUACAGUUCAUAUUGACUAUACAUGAACCAUUCAAGAAGAGGCCAUUAGAGUAUGUCUGGGUCAUUUCAGCCCACUUCGAUUUGACCUCACCUUUUCUUCAUACAAACUGGAAUUUCAAAUUAUUCCAUGGUUCUUUGUCCAUGGUAAUGCAUGGAAAUGAGGUGCCAGGAUUCCAGAACUUUCUCCAGACCUUUAAUCCUUACCAGCACCAGAAUGAUGUGUUUAUCCAGUUAGUCUGGUAUUCUAUGUUUCAGUGUUCCAUCACAAAUUCUGUUAUGAUGGAAAGAAAUAUCAAAAAUUGUACUGGGGAGGAAAUGCUAGGAAGUCUUCCAGAGACAAUGUUUGAGUUGGAUAUGUCUGGUGAGAGCUACACUAUCUAUAAUGGAAUCUAUGCCUUGGCACAUGCUUUACGUGAUAUUUACUCCUCCAGAAAGCCAUUGGUGGGACGAACAGCAAGACUGGACCUUCAGACAGUAGAACCUUGGGAGCUCCAUUCGCAUUUGAGGAAAGUCCGUUUCAACAACAGUUCUGGGGAGGAGAUAUUUUUAAAUGAAAACAUGGAAUUGUCCAUGGGAUAUGACAUUGUUAACAUGGUUACUUUCCCAAAUAACACUUUCAGGAAAGUGAAAGUUGGUAGGAUAAAUUCCCAGGUUUCCUCAGACCAGCCAGUUAACAUUGAGGAACAUACUAUUACAUGGCCCAACAAAUUCAACCAGACAUUGCCUCCUUCUAUGUGCACUGAAAGAUGCCAUCCUGGAUACCACAAAAAAGUCCGUGAUGAAGAACCACCUUGUUGCCAUGACUGUUUCCAGUGUCCAGAAGGGACCAUUUCAAACCAGACAGAUGCACGUAAGUGUGAAAAAUGUCCGGAACAUGAAUAUCCCAACAAAAAUAAGAACAAAUGUAUUCCGAAAGCCACAAGCUUCCUGGUCUACAAUGAAUUUUUAGGCAUGAGUUUGACUUCUGCUGCACUUUCUCUCGCUCUUAUUGCAGCCCUGGUACUUGGAACAUUUAUUAGACACCAGAAUACCCCCAUUGUCAAAGCCAACAACCGGGACCUUACCUACCUUCUGCUAAUUUCCCUUUUGCUCUGCUUCCUUUGCUCCUUGCUGUUCAUUGGACGACCCAGCAAGGUGACCUGCCUUCUUCGACAAGCAGCAUUUGGAAACAUCUUUUCUCUUGCACUUUCCUGUGUCCUGGCUAAGACCAUCAUUGUGGUGGUGGCAUUCAUGGCAACAAGGCCUGGAAGCAAGAUGAGGAAAUGGGUGGGCAAAAGGCUCUCAAACUACAUUAUCUUUCUUUGCUCUCUUAUUCAAAUUGGUAUCUGUGCCAUUUGGCUAGUUACCUCUCCACCUUUCCCUGAUCUUGAUAUGACUACACAGCCUAAGGAGAUUGUUGUUCAAUGUAAUGAGGGCGCCGGCACCAUGUUUUACACUAUCCUGGGCUACAUAGGCUUUCAGGCCAGCGUCAGCUUCACAGUGGCCUUCCUAGCCAGGAAACUGCCUGACAGUUUCAAUGAAGCCAAGUUUAUCACCUUCAGCAUGUUGGUCUUCUGCAGUGUCUGGAUAUCUUUCAUUCCAGCCUAUCUGAGUACCAAAGGCAAAUACAUGGUGGCUGUGGAGAUCUUCUCUAUCCUGGCCUCGGGUGCUGGGUUGCUGGGAUGCAUAUUUGUCCCUAAAAUGUACAUCAUUAUUUUGAAGCCAGAAAUGAACACUAGGGACCAAUUCUUUAAGAAAAAAGAAUUUCACUAA